ACGGAUCAGGUCGCCGGCGGCAGCGAGCAGCCGCAGCAGCGGAUGAAGAUCGGGUGGCCAACCGAAGUGCGCCACGUCGCCCACGUCACCUUUGACCGGUUCCAUGGCUUCCGCGGCGUGCCCGCCGAGCUCCAGCCCGAGCCCGCCCUCGCCAAGGCCCCCAGCGCAAGCAAGACGGCGUUCGGCGUGUCGACGGAGUCGAUGCAGUGCGCGCACGACGCGCGGGGCAACAGCGUGCCGUCCAUCCUGCUCCACCUGCAGCGCCGCCUCUACGACCAGGGCGGGCUGGCCACGGAGGGCAUCUUCCGCGUGGCCGCCGACGGCGCCCAGGAGCAGCGCGUCCGGCAGCACCUCGACCUCGCCGGCACCAUCCCUGACGACGACGACGACGGCGCCGCAGUGGACGUGCACUGCCUGGCGGGGCUCAUCAAGGCGUGGUUCAGGGAGCUCCCGGGCGGGCUGCUGGACGCGCUGCCAGAGGAGGAGGUGGCGCGGUGCACGACGGCGGAGGAGGCCGGGAGGCUCUGCGGGAAACUUGCGCCGGCCAAGGCGGCGCUGCUCGACUGGGCCGUGCAGCUCAUGGCGGACGUGGCCAGCGAGGAGGGGCGGAACCGGAUGGGUGCGCGCAACGUCGCCAUGGUCUUCGCGCCCAACAUGACGCAGGCGGCGGAUCCUCUGACGGCGCUCAAGUACGCGGUGCAGGUGAUGAACUUCCUCAACCAGCUCAUCGAGCGAGCGCUCCGGCAAAGACGAGAACAAGCAGCGGCAGCAACAGCCAAAUUGAUCAGUUGA